AUGUCGUUCGUGGUCGACCAGGUGCGCCGCAUCGACAGCCAGCUGGAUCGCCUGCAAUUGUCCACCGAAUCCUCCGAUGCUGAGCCCUCAAUACAGCUCUUCACAAUAUCGGAUCAAGAAGCGAACGACCCCGUCAUAGCCGCUCGCGUGGUGAAGCUUCAGAGUCUCAUCAAGAGUCUCUCGUCUACCACGACUGCGAAAUACCCGUUAGUCCCAACAGAACGCAUCGUUUCCGCCCUACGUCAGGCAGAACUAUCCCCCAGGAGCUACGCGAGCAUAGCUUCAGAAGAGGAGGCCACGUCGGGAUACGAGCAUGAGCUGGAGUGGCUACUGCUGAGCAAAGCUACGGUGCAAGCUUACGGCCAGGUGCUCGACACGAUACUAGCGCAGACGAUUCUUCUUUCUGAUGAUAUAUGGUACUGGGAUGAUGUGCUCGGCUCAUACCGCUAUGCUGGCCUAUACUCGAUACAGACAUCGCCUAUACGAUUGUGGAAUUGGGGCAAGGAAAUUUAUGCCGGCGUUAGAGCAAGAGACGUUGGACUGGAGCAAGGAUGGCAGCGGUUCUAUGGUCUUGUGAGAGAUGUCGUUAGAGAGAGAAACAUUGCUGGUAUACAGAGGAGGGUGGUGAGUCCGAUUGCGCUUGUUAGCAAUGAGGCGCGGAAGAAAAGAAGUAUGCUGAAGAAAAUGAGGCUUGUGAAUGCGAAUGCGCUAGGUGUCUUGCUUGGAGAGAGUCUGAGUAACGAGAGCAUACAUGACGAGGGUCUCAGCAGCCCCAUCGGCGGUGUUUCGAUACAAGACAACCGCCACAGAUGGAAGAGUGUCGUCACCAAGAGUAUUGCCCUUAUGGAAGCCGUGCUCACCACAGUUGGCGAUGUGGAAUCUACAGACAAGUUCGAUGAGCUUGUUGCAGCUACCACCCAGGAUGACCCUUACUAUGAGAUUCACGAAGCGGCGUCUGAGGCUGGUUCGCUAUCACUAAAGACGUCCGAGGUGGGUGAUCGACUCUAUGGACUAUUGACACAGAAAAUGCCGCAAUAUACAGACAGCUUCAAGUCACUCGCUCGGACAAAUGGCAGACCACCUAUGCUCAUACGGUAUUGGCUACCUAUGACCAUAGGACUACUAUCAUCUUCGACUCUGCUGCGCAUCUUUGUGAACCGCAGAGAAGAGAUAAUGUCAUGGGUGCGUGAGUUCGGCCAAACAGUAAUAGACUUUGGCGUCAACUGGGUCAUUGAGCCUACGAAAAAAAUCAUUGGCACGAUCCGUCACGAUGAGGACAGUGAAAUAUCGAUUAUGAGCAAGCGAAGCUUACAGGGCGAUCGCGAGAGCCUCGAGCGCAUGGUCGUUGACUUUGCGGUCGAUCAUCCAGAAGGACCAGCUUUGAACGAGACUCAGAUCUCAGACAUCCGAGCACGGGUCAAGGAGGGAGACUUGACUACUGUACUGAAAGCUUAUGAAAAGGACAUGCAAAGACCGUUCAUAGGGACCGUGAAGGGAAACCUUAUCAGAGCACUAUUGAUACAGGUACAGAAGACUAAGGUCGAUGUUGAGAUUGCGAUGAGUGGUAUCGACUCAAUGUUGAAAAGCCAGGAGCUUCUGUUUGGGGUUAUAGGUCUCACGCCUGGUAUACUCAUCACAAUUGCGGCUUGGCGAUAUCUGAGAAGCUUGUCGACCAGUAGACAGGGCAUCCGACGGGGAACAAAGCAAGGUGAACUGAUGAGGAUACUCCGGAAUAUCGAUCGCAUCCUAGUCAGUGCCACACCAACAGAUUUCGGAGAACUUUCAUACAAGGAUCACGGUCUCCUUCUCUGCGAAGUUCACCUCCUACGCCAAACAGCAUAUCCAAUCCUGCCUCGGAGAGAAUUCCAAGACUUCCGCGAGGAGACAGACGAGCUAGUUGAUAUCCGUGCUGGACUGACUAGACAGCUCAAGGUUGCAGAACGGAUUCGCUGGGCAUACUCCAAGUACUUUUGA